ACAGGCCGCCUCUUCAUCAACCCCCCCUCCCUUCAAUAUCCACUUUUUGACAGUCAAACUCUCCCCCCCCCAAAGAGAAAAAGUCCCAAAACUCCCAGAAUCCCUGGCCGCCUUCCGAGUGGAAAUCGAUGCGAGCCAUCAAGCGACGAAACCGAUGAAGCCCGUGGUGAAGAGAAGCCAUCGACCAAACCUCCACCGUCCCCAUCCAUCCAUUAUUAUCAUCCAUUUUCCCCUACGAACCCGAGAACCAUCCCAAACCCUCCUCUCAACCCAUCUUCUUCUUCUCUCUCUCUUUCCCCCCCCCUCCCCCCAAAAUAAUCCCCCAUCCCAUCUUUCCCCAAUUCAUCUUCCGUCCCAUCGCCUCAACCAGCUUUUUCUCCUCUCCUCUCCUCUCUCCACCCGCUCUCUCACUCUCACUCUCACACACACUCUCUCUCUCCUCCUCACCUAUUACCUCUUCUCCCCCCCCUCUCCCAUAAAUCCUCACACAGGUCCGAGCCUGCCCUACUUCUUCCUCUUCCUCCUCCUCCUCUUCUCCCUUUCAAUCAACUCCUCUAAUUCCGACCCUCUGCCCUCCAUCCUGCAAGGUCGUCGAAAAAGGCGAGACACGAGAGACUCCUUUGGCAUACUGCUUGCCUCUCGAGAGCACACACAUACACACUCAAUACACACCCAUCACCGCCACGAUAACAUAGUUCGUGCAGCAGGAACAUUCCUCCGACACCGCUCGAGAGUUGCCGCCGCCUCCGUAUUGUGCUCGACAGUUCCUGCAACGCUGUCGACACUUCCUCCUACGCCGCUUCACAAACACACCCACACACACAUAACAUACACAGUCACAGUCACAGUCACUUCACUCGUGAUAGCUGUGUGUUCCUGUCGAGAUCCGUUGCGGCUUUGACUAGUCGUCAUUUCCGGUCUCACUUCCCUGCCUACCUAUCUAGUGCUAUCAAAUAAAAGCACAGUCUUGGCAAAGACGCGCGCCCCGGACGAGAUAUUCUAAUUCCCUCUGUGAGUACCAGACAACCAGAGUCACUGUUCGCCGUGUCUACCCUAUCCCCCGUCACCCUCCACCAUUCACCCUCUCGCUUGCCUAAACUCAUCAUCACAAACCACCCCACAAAUCCUGCUGCCCGCUGA